CUUUUAACCUCUGACUUUACAAAUCAACCUGUAUUUCAACCACGUGGCCGGCCAAAAAGAUGAGACCUCUCACUGAAGAUGAGAUGAAAUCUGUUUUUGAGAAGCUUUCUAAAUAUAUAGGGGAGAAUGUGAGGCUACUGGUGGACAGACCUGAUGGAAACUAUUGCUUCCGACUGCAUAAGGACAGAGUGUACUAUGUCAGUGAAUCUAUUAUGAGAAAAGCUACAAAUGUUGCCAGGAAGAAUCUCAUAAGCCUAGGCACAUGCAUCGGAAAAUACACCAAGAGUGGCAAAUUCCACCUCCAAAUCACAGCACUGGAUCUACUGGCCCCUUACGCGAAGUACAAAGUGUGGCUGAAGCACGGCUCUGAGCAGUCCUUUCUCUAUGGCAACCACAUACUUAAGUCUGGACUGGGCCGGAUCACUGAGAACACAGCCCAGUAUCAGGGGGUGAUCAUGUGCUCCAUGAACGACACUCCUCUGGGGUUUGGAGUGGUUGCCAAGUCGACGGCUGACUGCAGACGUGCUGACCCUGGCACAAUAGUAGCGUUCCAUCAAACUGAUAUAGGAGAGUAUUUGAGAUCAGAGGACACUUUAACCUGACACUGUGCGUUGUUCAGUUAUUGUCUUCUUGUUUUGAGUGUCUCCUUUUAUACGGAAGAGCUUGUACAAUAAAAGUGUACAUUUCUGUUGUGA